AUGAGCAAAGGUCAAGCACAACAACAAAGCGCAUUCAAACAACUCUUCACUGAGUUCUUCAACCUAGGCGGUGACUUCAGCAAGGUCUCCAAGGACUUGAAGAAGCCACUCAAGACCUACGUCAAGGAAUCUUACCCCCACUUCCUCGUUACCGAUGGAUACUUCUUCGUUCAACCUCACUUCACCAAGGAGGCCGUCGCUGAGUUCCACCAGAAGUUCCCCAACGUCAACAUCGUCGACUUACACGAUAAGGUUAUUGUUAUCAACACCUGGUCCCUCGAGCUCAGAAGAGUCAACUCCGCUGAGGUCUUCACAUCAUAUGCUAACCUUGAAGCCAGAUUGGUUGUUCACUCAUUCAAGCCAAAUCUCCAAGAGAGACUUAACCCAACCAGAUACCCCGUCAAUCUCUUCAGAGACGACGAAUUCAAGACCAUCAUCCAACACUUCCGCCAUCAGGCCCUCCAAUAAUCCAUUGCCAAGAACACUAAAUAAGAGUCACUUCCAGAUAUCUCAAAGCUCUCAGGUGCUGAUGCUGCUGGCAAGAAGACCAAGGUCGAUGGAGGUAUUGUUAAAACCGGUGCUUCCAAGGGUGACGAGUUCGCAGACUUCUCAUUCAAGGAGGGCAGCACUGCCGUUCUCAAGAUCCAAGACAUCUUUGUCCAAGAGAAAGGCAAAGAUGCUCUUAAGAGAAUUCAAGAUGCUCAAGUCGACAGCGUUCAAGCCCAACCAAAGGUUAAGGGAGGUGCUAAAGGCAAGAAGAAGGCCGCCACCAAGUCAGCCACCAAGAAGACUGUUGCUGCCAAGAAAACUGCCGAGUCUGCUGACGUUAGAAAGAGCGUUGACAAGAUCGUUAAAUAUACUCCUAACAAGCCAUCAAGCAGAAAGGAGACCCCAUAAAAGAGCCAAUCUGCUCCAGCUGCUGGCAAGUCAUCAGCCAAGAGAACCACCACCGGCUCAAAGACCAAGAUCCCAGCCAACCCAUCCCCAAGCGGAAAGAAGUCAACCAAGACUACCGAUCAAAUGACAAUGGCUCAAUUCAAGAAAUACCUCGACUGGCACGAAAAGAAGAAGGGUGGCAAGACCUCUUCAGGUGGUAAAGUUCUUGGAAAGAGAAGCGCUGGAAAAGCCUCCGCUACCUCAGGCAAGGCUUCAAAGGCAUCAAAGAGAUCCAAGAAAUGA